AGAUGGGCAGCUCCAGGGAUUAUGGGUCAUGGUUAGUUAUUUUGCUGUGCGACAAAUUUUUUUUUAUUUCGCACCCUUUAAAACCACGCACUCCCAUCUCAAUCAUCUUACUUUUCCUCCCUUCUUUGUCAAUCCAUACCUUUUUUUCACUUUACUCAUCGACUCUUUCACUACAAUAUGGCUGUCUAAACUCACCCUUUAGGCUUCCUAUUGUGCUUCAACAGCGAUUGUGCUCUUCUCGUUUUUAUAUCGGUUUCUUCUUCAGUUAGCUGAUAUCGGCUUAUCCAACUAAGUGCUCGAUAUCCAACAUACUUCUUUGUAUUCUACUUUUUUUUGCUGUCCCAUACGUAAUCUAUGAUGAGCUGUGCUGUUACUUGCCAACGACUCACCACCCCCGUGUCGCAUGCUGUCGUGUUACCCGCUUUGAAAACCAUUCAUCUUCAAAGACCUACUAAACAGCAUGUCUCGACUGUAAAAGCCUCCUCCACUAAGCCAGGCAAAACGGCUCUUAAGUCGAAUUAUGUUGAUGGUCUUGUUUGUAAGUGUCCACCCACCAACUGCCUUCAAGGAGGCUUCUUCUCACACCUCUCUCUCUCUCUAGCCACCACUGCUUUCAUUCUCUCUUCUAUCUGGCCUUCUCCAGUCAACUCCAACAAACCUAUCGCCUCCCUCCCAAAAUUUCUCCACCAUCUUUUAUCUCAUUCUCGCACCACCCACUCAACUCUUCAACUCGCUUUACUUUACCUAUUCCGGAUCAAGCCUGCCGUCAUUGCAGCCGACAAAACCCACGACGACGCUGAAUAUAUCUCUUGCGGACGCCGCAUUUUUUUGGCUUGCUUGAUGACUGCACAUAAAUACCUCAUGGACAGAACAUAUAAAAAUGUCGCUUGGGCCAAAGUCAGCGGUUUGCCCGUGUCCGAAGUCAACCGCGCUGAGCGUGUUGUAUUGGAACUCUUGGACUGGCGACUGGGCGUUGCCCCUGAUGCUUGGAACCAAUGGUGCAAGAUGAUUGAAAUUCAUGUUCAACAUCGCACUGGCGAAAACAAAUUAAAUUAUCCUAUGGUGGACUUAUCCAUGGCCACCGCUCCCAACACCGAUGGCUUCCUUCUUUGCCAAAGUGAACCACGCACCAUGGCCGACCUAUCGAUUACUGUUAUGUCAGAAGACAAUCGCCUUAAGCCUAUUCACCCUGACUCGGCCGUCGUGAUGGCCUGCGAGGGCUUCAGUCCUCCCGAGUCGAAGAAGCGGAAGGCCGACCACCACUCCUUGCCCAGCCCCAAGAGAUCUCGCUAGAGAGAAAGAUAUACUGUCCCUUAUAGUUACCCCCCCCCCUCACAUCUCAUUUUCAACCCCCCACAUUGUACAUUUCAUCUUUUAACUUUUUUCUCUGCUUUGCCUUUAUUUUCUCCCCUUCGUCCGACCCUGUAUGAACUGAAGUAACCACGUUUCCUCGCUAACUUGGUUAAUGUACCAUUAUCAAUGAUUAAAAAAUUCUACUAGUUUCACAAAAAAGAACCCUAAAGAAUCGUGAUGGGCUAUGAACUUUUUGGGCAAUUCAUUCCAAGACAGGAUUUCC